CGACUUCCGCCCCGGCUCUGCUCAGAGACGUCAACAUGGCGACGGUGGAUGUCAUUGUGGACAAGUUGCUGACACUGUGGCGUAUACCGGCCGUCAGAGAUUACUUCCCCGCGAUAUUUGCGCUCAUCUCAAUCGUGGGAUCGGGUCUGAAGGAGCUCGACGUCGUCCCGCAGACGUAUUUCAGCAACAGCAGAAAUGUCGUUAAUAUGUAUUUUGUCAAAGUGUCCUGGGGAUGGACGUUGAUGCUGCUGACACCCUUCAUCCUCCUCUCCAACUUCUCCUUCAAAAGGAACGUGUCCUAUGUCUUCUCGCGGGCGCUGUCUCUGGUAGUGGCAACAGCCACGUGGUACAUCUUCACAGAGAUAUUCUUCCACAUUGAGGAAAUGUCCGGCUCCUGUAUUGAAACUGGUACCAAUCUAAAAAAAGAGGAGUUCACAUCCAAGGCAACCUGCAGGCACGCCGGCUUCCACUGGGACGGCUUUGACAUCUCAGGACACUCCUUCAUCCUGACCUACUCUGCUCUUUUCAUCAAGGAGGAAAUGGUCUCCAUGACCUGUGUGAAGACAUCCAGUUUCUCUGCACUGCCCAAGAUGGUUGCCAACCUGCUGUACGUGGCCUUGAAUCUGAUUGUGAUCAUAUGGGUGUGGAUGUUUGCCUGCACUUCUGUUUACUUCCAUGACUUUAUACACAAGUUGAUAGGGACGGGAUUGGGCCUGUUGUCGUGGUAUGUGACAUAUCGGCUUUGGUAUAAGCAUUUUUUACCGGGACUCCCCCCUAUAAAAGAACCAAAACAACAUGCCUGAGCUGCAGUCAUACUUUCCUGUACGACACGAUCCUCAAAACAACACACUACAGUUUAUGUUAACUGUCUCCAGGUCCAAGAUGGCGACACUAUUUUAAGAUAUUCCCUCUCACAGAAAGGUCAUUUUGCACAGAUCUGGCUUGCAGUUCCUUCACAGUGUUUGGCAGCUGCUGUUCCCAAAAUGACUCUUGGUAACCUGAGAUAAAAGCAAGGCGCUGUUUGUCUGUCCAGCCUCAGCCUCUCACCUUCAGCCUCUGUGGCUCGCAUGCUAGACUAUUGUUUGUCUGACAGUUUGUUGCCUUAUACUUCUUUUCUCGUGGUUGAAUAAUCAUAGUUUUUAGGUGUCUGAGUGGGAACACUAGAGAAUGUUUACAGCUCCAGUCAUAUAGCACUGACGACAUGUAUUUUUGCAGACCAAUGUAUAGUAGGUGCUAAUUAUUAUUAUUAUUAUUUUUUUUUUUAAUGGGAAACUACCUUCAGAACAAAGUUAGAUCCGACACUGUAACAACAGUGGAGGUACAUUUCAUCCUACUGUUCAAUAUUAAUGAGCUGUCCGUUUUUCUUUUAUUCUUAUCACAUCUGGUUUGGGGUUUGUUAGUUUGACUGUGUGUUAACAUUAUAUAUAAAGUUUGCUCAGAGGAUGUAGAAAUUAAAUAGCAGAUGUAGAGGUGGUUUAAUGA